GAUGAUGAGGAUAAUGCUGCUACUGAGAAAGCAGAACCUGAUUUUAAGCUUUCCGGCAACUUAGCAAAAGAUACGAAUACCUAUAAAGGUGUAGUAAUAAAAUAUAGUGAGCCGCCAGAAGCGAGGCAGCCGAAAACCAGAUGGAGGCUAUAUGUAUUUAAAGAGGAUCAGUCACUGCCAACUGUUUAUAUCCACCGACAAAGUGCUUUUCUGCUGGGUCGAGAUAGAAGAGUAGCCGAUAUUCCUAUUGAUCAUCCUUCAUGUUCGAGCCAACAUGCUGUUAUUCAAUACCGAUUAGUUGAUGUAGAAAAGGAAGAUGGAACUCUUGGAAAGAAAGUGAAGCCAUACAUGAUAGAUCUAGAAUCAACUAAUGGAACAUAUGUGAAUAAUAACAGAAUAGAGUCAUCUCGUUAUGUUGAACUGAAGGAAAAGGAUAUGGUGAAGUUUGGUUACAGUAGUAGAGAAUAUAUCCUUCUUCACGAAAAUUCACAGGAUCAGCUUGACGAACCCGAAGCGGAAGAAAAUACUGAUGCUCAGGAAUAA